UCAUCUAUUCCUAUGCCUGUUGCUAUGUGGGAUUUCAAGCACUGUGAUCCCAAGCGGUGCUCAGGUGUAAAAUUGUCUCGAUGCAAUAUGCUAAAGACGCUCAAGACAUCCCAGCGAUUCAGAGGCAUUGUAGCCAGUCCAGUGGGUGAAAAGGCAGUAUCUCCUGCUGACAGACGAAUUGUUGAACUUUAUGGUGCUGGUGUAGUCGAUUGUUCUUGGGCCAGAAUUGACGAGGUGCCGUUUUCUAAAAUAAGAGGACCAACAGAUAGAUUGUUGCCUUAUCUCGUAGCUACAAACCCUGUCAAUUAUGGUAAACCAUGGAAGUUAAACUGUGCCGAAGCACUUGCUGCAAUCUUUUACAUUACAGGCUAUCCUGAACACGGUGAGGCUCUCUUGGCAAAAUUCAAAUGGGGUCAUGCUUUUAAAAAGGUUAAUGGUGGACUACUUUCUCGUUAUGCCAAAUGCAAAGACUCUGCUGAAGUGGUUCAGGUCCAGAACGAUUAUUUAAAGCAAUUGGAAGAAGACAGUGAACGCAAAGAAGAAAAUACC